CUUUAUACAGGUUGAUGACAUUCAACAGAUGACACCGCAUUCAGAAGGUAUUCCUCAUGCAUUCCUGGAAAAGAACCUGACUUAAUCGACUAAGGAUAUAACAAUAACUUUAUUUUUAACACUCUUCUUGGUCCGGUUCACAUAUUUUCACUCAAAAUGAAAGAGGAACGGGGUGAAAAGGCCCCAAAGAGUCUCGGUGAAGCGGAGCGGAGUAAGUCAGUACAGAUUGUUCAGAUAAAGGAAAAAGUUCUAUUAGAGAAAAGGCUGGCUCAACUGGACAAAACUCGUGCAACAGUGCUUAACCGAAUAUCUGUUGACCAGCAAGUUAUGUAUCGCCGGUUUCAAAGACGGAUGCUUCAGCGGGAUAUCGCACAUGCGCGUCUCAUGGGACGCACUGAACAAGAACGAGAAUUUAGGGGUAGGAAAAUGAGUCGAUUUGGUCUCAACACUAGCUGUGGUCAGGAUACCGAUGACGAGGUACUUUUGAAGCAAACACUAAGAGCGCAUGCGAAAUCUGCAGCUAGUACCGUUACGUCAUCAAGACCCGCCUCAGAAAGGCCAAACACCAGACACUCGAGAAGUAUGACGUCAUCAGCCCGCCCAACUUUGAACGGGUCCACAAUUGAAACUAAUCAGGAGCUUACUGAUCAUAAGCGGCAAACUGGCCCAUUGGACGCUACUCGAAGAGCCAUUAGCGCUGUAACUCUCAGAAGAGGGAGCAAUGACACUAGUAGCUUAUUAGGAAGUACGAAGCAAAGACCCAAGAGUUGCAUUGCCAUUGGUUCUAAUGCAAAUAAGGAAUCAGAAAUACACGCAGACAAUGACGCUUCAGUCGAUGAAGAUAUCCCUAUUGAACGAGUUGUUAACUGGAAUUUGAAUACAUCAGAAUGUGAUGAACAUGAAAAAGCUCAAGACAAUACAAACAAGGAAGGGCUUUUAGAGAUGGUCACCAAUCAAUUAGAAGACGGUUUUAUUGAAACUGCUAAAUCCACUGAACGACCAAAGACUCGAUCAAGAAAGCUACCAAGCGCUAGUCCUUUGAGGCGUCCCAGUACACCAGGUUCGAAAACAUCAAAUCUGUUUGGUAAUGGCGAUCGUAAAACUCGUCUCAUGACAAUAAACAACCAACGUGUAGAUAGCGCUAACUUUCCCGAACGCAUGAAGGAUCUAGAAACACACAUCGAGCCUUAUAAAGCCAACACGGAACACGUUGUAGACUAUUACACAAGCCGGCUCAUGCAGAACAUGAAUGGCUCUAACUCAGAUAAAGGAAAGAAAGGUUACAGGCGAGGUUCUUUACCAAGUCAACCGUGCCCAGACGAAUAUCGUAGAUCUACAGGAGGUGUCAAAAGGAAGCCGCUAACCUUGAAACAUUUGGAUUAUGACUUUGAUAAAAGACAAACUACUUUUAUUGAUGUAAACGAUUUUAUAAAAUAGCCUCUAACGUUUAAAAUCAAUAAGGGAAUACUGAGGAAAAUGGAGUUCAGGGGUUCAUAUAAUAUCUAAGCAAUGUUAAAAUAUAAUAGAGUUUUGUUAGUUUGACAUGACUUAUACGAAAAUAACACCAUUUGUUUUGGGAAAAUUGUACCCUACGAGUAUUCACAAAAUGCUAUUAAAGAUAUUUCAUUAUGCUGAAAUGUCUCGCUGUUCACGUAUUCUUUAGUGCCGACCAAACAAGUGAUAUUCAUAUAGUUUCGAAUAAUCAUAAACCAAA